ACGGCGCAGCUGAGAAGUAAGACCAUUUCUCUUCUGUUUCACCUGCUGUCGAGCUGUGCCGGGAGGAGGUGCAAGGGAAGGAGGGCAGCCUCGGAGCACCAGGUGGGCCGUCAGGGGAGCUGAGCUCUUCGCACACAGCCUCCAUGUACUCGGAGAUCCAGAGGGAGCGGGCGGACAUCGGGGGCCUGAUGGCCCGGCCAGAGUACAGAGAGUGGAACCCAGAGCUCAUCAAGCCCAAGAAGCUGCCGAACCCCGUGAAGGCCUCCCGGAGCCACCAGGAGCUGCACCGAGAGCUGCUCAUGAACCACAGGAGGGGCCUGGGCAUCGACAGCAAGCCGGAGCUUCAGCGUGUCCUGGAGCACCGCCGGCGGAACCAGCUCAUCAAGAAGAAGAAGGAGGAGAUGGAGGCCAAGCGACUGCAGUGCCCCUUCGAGCAGGAGCUGCUGAGACGGCAGCAGAGGCUGAACCAGCUGGAAAAACCACCAGAAAAGGAAGAGGACCAUGCCCCCGAAUUUAUUAAAGUCAGAGAAAACCUGCGGAGAAUCGCCACGCUGACGAGUGAAGAGAGGGCCCUGUAGGGCUAGCUGCUGAAGCCCCAGCCCCCCGCAGCCCACCCCGGCCCCCACCCCCUCCUCCAGCCCUUCUGUAUCUGGUAGUUCUGGGCCCCAGGCCUUGGGAUAUCUGUGAUGCUUACGCUUGCUCCUGUAAAAAUGCAUCGCCCCCCUGCCCCCCUCCAGGAGCUGGGGGCCCUAAGCUCCCAGGCUUUCCUUCUGAGCACUCACCUCUCUGCUCCCAAAAGAAGCCACUGCCAGGAAAACCUUCAGCAAGACACCUCUCCCUGAAGGGGCUUCUGAGCCCCGCAGAAAUUUUUCUGGCAGAAUUGGGUAGGAGGGACAGGUGCCUCUCUGGCCUGACAAGCCCCCCAUUCUGCCCAGGCCCUGUGGGGCCCUGCUUCUCCAGACCGCCCAGCUCCCAGGUCUCAGAGAACUUCCCUGCAGCCAGGUGUGGGGCGGCUAAGCAGAGCAUCUGGGGACACCUGCCUUGAAAGCCAGCCGCGGGGAGAAGGGUUCACGUGCAGCCGUCCCUGGUGAGGAAGGGCAGGGCAGCCUGCAGGCGGCCUCGGGGCUCCCGUCAGGCCGGGCUGGAAGGGUACAAACGAGACAGCUUCUCUGAGUCGGCCAGCCUUUCCCCCACACCGAGACUUCUAUUUCCUCCUCUCCACAGCCCUCCCUGUCCCGGCCUUGUAACCACACCUAGCCAGGGCUGCAGCCUUCCUGCUCCCAGAAGUCUAGAACAGUGCUUCUCAAACUUGAUUGUGCCUACAAAUCACUGGCGAUCUUGUUAAAAUACGGCUUCUGAUUCUGUAGAUCUGGGGUGGGGGCUGAGAUCCUGCAUUUCUAGCAAGCUCCUAGGCCACUGGUCUGAGGACCACACUCUAAGCAGCAAGGCUGGAGCAUCCAGGGGUCACAUCGUCCCUGAAGCCAUCUCUGCCCGCCGUGGACCUCUGCCCUGGGGGUUCCCACCCACCUCUGCAGCCCCAAGGGCUCUCGAUUAUUCACCCCACCCCAGGGACCCCAGGCCUGGGAAGACUUUUUUUGCCUAGAAAAGCAUGUCGGUCGUGUGAUUGUUGCUUUCGCCAGAGAUGUAUAUAAUUGCCAAUCUGUAUUUCUUACCACACUGUUAUGAUGCAAUUCUAGCCAAAAAAAAAGAAUUUUUUUUUUUUUACCUUUUCCUUAAGCCCAGGGAGAGCAAAUACACAGUGAUUUCCAAUAGACUUCUGGAAAUAUGAACAGUGGUUUGAAGACCCCCCUGCCACUCUUAGAGACUGGCCCCUGUGAGUCCCCAUUUCCAGCCUCUGCACCUGAGCCCCACACCUGACUUGGUUUCCAUCUCUUGGGCCAGCUCCAGUGAGUUGCCCCAUUCUUCUUCCUCAAAAUUCCCUUCCUACAGGAGACCAGG